GGGGCUGCGCCGGGCUCUGUGGGUCGAUGUCAAUGUGUCUGUCCUUCACUCCUCCAUUGUCUGCCGCCGCCACUGCCGCGGGUGCCACCGCCGCUGCCGUAAUCGCCGCAGCCUGCAGCCUCGCGCGUCGCCGCUACCUCCUCGGACAGAAAUUUUAUGAAUAAGCAUCAGAAGCCAGUGCUAACAGGCCAACGGUUCAAAACUCGGAAAAGGGAUGAAAAAGAGAAAUUCGAACCCACAGUCUUCAGGGAUACACUUGUCCAGGGGCUUAAUGAAGCUGGUGACGACCUUGAAGCUGUAGCCAAGUUUCUGGACUCCACAGGCUCAAGGUUAGAUUAUCGUCGCUAUGCAGACACGCUCUUCGAUAUCCUGGUGGCGGGCAGUAUGCUUGCCCCUGGAGGAACACGCAUAGAUGAUGGUGACAAGACCAAGAUGACCAACCACUGUGUGUUUUCAGCAAGUGAAGAUCAUGAAACCAUCCGAAAUUAUGCUCAGGUCUUCAAUAAACUCAUCAGGAGAUAUAAGUAUUUGGAAAAAGCAUUUGAGGAUGAAAUGAAAAAGCUUCUCCUCUUCCUUAAAGCCUUUUCCGAAACAGAGCAGACAAAGUUGGCAAUGCUGUCGGGGAUCCUGCUGGGCAAUGGCACCCUUCCCGCCACCAUCCUCACUAGUCUGUUCACCGACAGCUUAGUCAAAGAAGGCAUUGCGGCCUCAUUUGCUGUCAAGCUUUUUAAAGCAUGGAUGGCAGAAAAAGAUGCCAACUCUGUUACCUCUUCUUUGAGAAAAGCCAACUUAGACAAGAGGCUGCUUGAGCUCUUUCCAGUUAAUAGGCAGAGUGUGGAUCAUUUUGCUAAAUACUUUACCGACGCAGGCCUGAAGGAGCUUUCUGACUUCCUCCGCAUCCAGCAGUCCCUGGGCACCAGGAAGGAACUGCAGAAGGAGCUGCAGGAGCGUCUUUCUCAGGAAUGCCCAAUCAAGGAGGUGGUGCUCUAUGUUAAAGAAGAAAUGAAGAGGAAUGAUCUUCCGGAGACAGCAGUGAUUGGACUUCUGUGGACCUGUAUAAUGAAUGCCGUUGAAUGGAACAAGAAGGAAGAACUGGUUGCAGAGCAGGCCCUUAAGCACCUGAAGCAAUACGCUCCAUUGCUGGCUGUGUUCAGCUCCCAAGGCCAGUCAGAGCUGAUCCUCCUCCAGAAGGUUCAAGAGUAUUGUUACGACAACAUCCAUUUCAUGAAAGCUUUUCAGAAGAUCGUGGUUCUCUUUUAUAAAGCUGAUGUACUGAGUGAAGAAGCAAUAUUGAAAUGGUACAAAGAAGCACACGUUGCCAAAGGCAAAAGUGUUUUUCUUGACCAGAUGAAGAAAUUUGUUGAGUGGCUACAAAACGCAGAAGAAGAAUCCGAAUCGGAAGGUGAAGAAAAUUAGAUGGCUCAAGAAGCACAAUACCUAGGCUACCACACAACACUUUUACGGGGAAUGCUGAACCAUCUGAGAAGAGAAACUUGGCUUCUGUUUUCACAAAGGAGAAAAAAAAAAAUAGGCUAGGCUUCCCCUGUGCAGAGGGGGAAAUGGUUUUUGUUUUUGUUUUGUUCUUAAAUGGAGCCCUGAGGCAUCAGCUGUUACACUUGGGACUCUACCUCUCACUCACUAUAUGCUAACUUAAAGCCAUUCAACAAGGAGUCAAAUAAGUCAAAUUGAGAAAUUAAAUACUCAACAGACUCCUCUUUUUUAGCUGUAUUUUUCAGGUACUGUGUGGUGAACGCCCCCACUGGUGUCUAUAACAGGGCCACUUUGGUAGUUGUGUAUCUACUCGUGUAUGUGAUUUGACAAACCAGUUUUUUAAAAUAAAUGGCUUUUUAAAAAUCUGGGCUUAUAUUCUCAGAGCUUUUAUUUCUUUAGUGCACAUGACUUCUUACGCAGUGGACCUUUCAUUGUUAUGCUUUUUUUCUCCCCCCAACAUUGUGAAUGUUUACAUUUCUUGUCAUCUAUAGGAACAACCCUGUUCCUUUUACCAUCAUUAAGUAGCACAUUUCACUUGUCUUCAUACUGAAAUAGAAAUCGACCCAAAAUACAUGCACAUUAGCACUAAUACCAUGAAUUGAUAGUAUUGAUAAUUAUUAGAUAUGUAAAUUUAUAGUUCCACACUUAUCAUGUUUUCCUCAGCACUAUUUCUUCCCUGUUUGGAGGAGAGCUAAUUGAUGUACAUAUGUAUGUAGAUCUUUGUUUAUGUUUAUCACUAGGUGAGUUUAGUCUUUAUCUUGUCCUCAGUAAUAACAAUGAAGCAUCUUACUUAUUGCGAAAGCUUAUAGUUUAUUACAAGCUUCUUUCUUAACUCUUGAAAAACUUAAGGACUGCCCCUGUUGCUAUUAGGACAAUGGUUAUCUCCAAGACAAACAUUUUCUCU